AUGGCCACCUCUGGACGCCUCAGCUUCACCGUGCGCAGCCUCCUGGAUUUACCCGAGCAGGACGCACACCACCUGCGGAGGCGGGAGCCGGAGGUACGCGCUCCCGGGCCCGGCCCCUGCGCCACCUGGUUGGAAUCCGAGCGCAGCCACUACCCCUCCUCGGACGAGAGCAGCCCGGAGACCAGCCUUCCCGGCUCGUCGCAGCGGCCGUGCACUCGGCCGGUGUCUCCCGGCUCAGACGCUGAAAAGAGGAAGAAGCGUCGGGUGCUGUUCUCCAAGGCGCAAACGCUGGAGUUGGAGCGACGCUUUCGGCAGCAGCGCUACCUGUCCGCGCCCGAGCGCGAGCAGCUGGCGCGCCUGCUUCGCCUCACGCCCACACAGGUCAAAAUCUGGUUCCAGAACCAUCGCUACAAGCUGAAACGCGCGCGCGCACCCGGCGCGCCGGGGGCGGCGGAGUCGCCUGACCUGGCAGCCGCCGCCGAGUUGCGUGCCGCGCCGGGCCUGCUGCGCCGCGUGGUGGUCCCCGUGCUGGUGCGCGACGGGCAGCCUUGCGGCAGCGGCGAUCUAAGCACGGCCUCCGCCCAGGACAAGAGCGGCGCGUCCCCGGCCGCCACCUGCCCUCUGCCAGGCUAUGCCGCCUUCGGGCCUUGCUCGGCUCUCGGCCUCUUCCCCGCCUACCAGCACUUAGCGCCCCCAGCCCUGGUCUCCUGGAACUGGUGA